AUGUCCACAGACGUAUCUUUAAAAGAAAUAACUCAACAUAUAUCACCAGCAAGUCUUAAAAGAGAAUUUAGUGAGCAUCAUGUGACAACUCCACAAACACUUCAUGUUCUUCAAUGGAAUGUUCUUGCUCAAGGUUUAUCCAAUCCGGAAGGAAAUUUUGUACGAGUUAAAAAAGAAACUGUAUCUUUUGAUAAUCGUAAAUGGCGUAUUCUUGAACAAAUUCUAAUUCGUCAACCUGAUCUAUUCGCAUUAGAAGAAGCAGAUAUAUAUGAAUGUUUUCUUAAAGAACAUUUAUUAAAACAUGGAUAUACUUGUUUUUUUACACCAAAACCAAAAUCUCCAUGUUUUGUAUUUGAAAAUGAUUCUGAUAAUUUUAAAGGACCUGAUGGUGUUCUUCUCUGUUAUAAAACACAAUUAUUCGAUGAAAUUCAUCGAUAUUAUUAUCAACAAUCCGAUGAUGAUACACGAGGAAAACCGUUUUUUGCAAUUCUUGAAUUAAAACAUAAAUCAUCAUCGAAAAAUAUUAUUUUUAUUGGUACACAUUUAAAAUCAAAAAAAUCAUUUGCAGAUCUACGUAUUACUCAAACAGACGCUAUUCUUCAAUAUUUAACUAAAAAUUAUUCAACACAAAAACAUGUGAUUAUUGCUGGUGAUUUUAAUGGUGAAUCUGAUGAGCCUUUCUAUGAUAGUAUAUGUAAGACUGGUUUUUCUAGUGCCUAUCGAACGUUAUUAAAUGACAGAGAACCUCCGUUUACAACAUGGAAAUUUCGAGCACAUGAUGAAGUUGAAUUUGAACAAUGUGGAUGUAUUGAUUAUAUUUUUUAUAAGCCAGAAGGUUUUGUACCAAUAUCAAUAUUAAAAUUACCAACUAAAGAAGAAAUUGGUGUUAAUGGUCUUCCAUCAAAUGAAUAUCCAUCAGAUCAUUUAGCUAUUGAAACAAUUUUUAAUAUUAAUCCUUGA